AUGGCCACCGAACUCACUGUCCAGUCGGAGCGCGCUUUCCAGAAGCAGCCUCACAUCUUCCUUAACCACAAGGUCGGCGGACCGCGCAAGAACACCCGCUCCAGGAGAUGGUACAAGGACGUUGGUCUGGGCUUCCGUACGCCCAAGACUGCCAUUGAGGGUACCUACAUCGACAAGAAGUGCCCUUUCACCGGCAUGGUCUCCAUCCGUGGCCGUAUCCUCACCGGUACCGUCAUGUCCACCAAGAUGCACCGCACCUUGAUCAUCCGCCGUGAAUACCUCCACUUCAUCCCCAAGUACUCCCGUUACGAGAAGCGCCACAAGAACCUCGCCGCUCACGUCUCGCCCGCUUUCCGUGUCGAGCCUGGUGACCAGGUCGUCGUUGGCCAGUGCAGGCCCCUCUCCAAGACCGUCCGCUUCAACGUCCUCCGUGUCCUCCCCCGAAAGGGAAAGGCUGCUAAGCAGUUCAACAAGUUCUAG